GACACUUAACUUCGUUGGAGUAGAUUCACAGCACAGAGGGCUUUAGCAUAUUUUUCAGCAGUGCUUGGGGGUGCUUUUCUGUUCAAAAUGAUGCUGUAUUCCUUGCUAGAGGGGCUUGAUAUCAAAGGGCUUCUAGUUUUCCUAAUUGCCUUUCUUCUGAUUACUGACUUUCUAAAACACAGAAACCCCCCCAACUUCCCUCCUGGACCGUGGAGCUUGCCUGUCGUGGGAAAUGUCUUCCAUAUAGACGCCAAACAACCACAUAUUUACCUGACAAAGCUGGCCAAGGUUUACGGGAAUAUCUUCAGCAUCCGCCUGGGUAGAGAUAAGACCGUACUUGUGACAGGGUACAGAAUGGUGAAGGAAGCAUUGGUUACUCAAGCAGAGAACUUUGUGGAUCGGCCUCCAAGCCCAAUGACUGACAGACUCUAUUCAGGAACAGGCAUAUUCAUGAGCAAUGGCUACAAGUGGAGGAAACAGAGGCGAUUCGCUCUCACCACCUUGAAGAAUUUUGGAUUGGGAAAGAAAUCCUUGGAGUCUGUCAUCUGUGAGGAGGCCCAAUUCCUCCAAGAAGAGAUUGAGCGGGAGCAAGGUAACCCCUUUGAUCCCCACUUGCUUCUCAACAAUUCAGUCUCCAAUAUCAUCUGCUUUAUGGUUUUUGGACACAGGUUUGAUUAUAGUGAUCAAAAUUUUCAAAUUCUCCUGAAGCUGUUGUCAGAAACACUUAAGUUGGAAGGUUCCAUAUGGGCACAGCUCUAUGAAGCUUUUCCCACUGUGAUGAAGUUUCUUCCAGGACCACAUAAUGAAAUCUUCACACAUUACAAAGAACUCUGUACAUUUGUGAGAGGGGAGCUGGAGAAGCACAAGGAGGACUGGGACCCAUGUGUCCCACGUGACUAUAUGGACUCCUUCCUUGCUGAGAUAGAACGUAAUAAGCAUGACCCUGAGGCUGGCUUUGAUGAGUUGAACCUGAUCAUGUGUGCUUUGGACCUGUUUCUUGCUGGAACUGAAACCACCUCCACCACACUGCGUUGGGCCUUGCUCUACAUGAUGAAAUACCCUGACAUCCAAGAGAAGGUCCAAGCGGAGAUUGACAGAGUAAUUGGGCAGUCACGCUUACCCUCCAUGGCAGACAGAGCCAACAUGCCCUACACUGAUGCUGUGAUACAUGAGAUACAGAGGAUGGGCAACAUUGUGCCCCUCAAUGCCUUCAGAAUGGCCAGCAAGGACACAACACUAGGAGGAUACUUUCUUCCAAAGGGCACGUCGGUAUUGACGAACUUGACCUCAGUGAUGUUUGACAAGACCGUGUGGGAGACACCACAUACUUUCAACCCCGGACACUUCCUGGAUUCUGAUGGCAAGUUUGUGAGACAGGAUGCAUUCAUGCCCUUCUCAGCAGGUAAGAGAGUGUGCCUGGGGGAGCAGCUGGCUAAGAUGGAGCUUUUUCUCUUCUUCGUCAUCAUCUUCCAAAAAUUCAGCUUCUCCCCUGUCCAGGGUGUAGAGCUAAACCUGGAAGGUGAAAUCGGAACCACCCUGACUCCAGUUCCUUUCAACAUCUGUGCCUCCCUUCGUUAAAAUGCCUUUAGUAAACAUUCCAAAGCUGAAAAUAGGACAGAUUUUGCAUGCAAUGUAUGUAAAAAAUCCAUGCUUCUACCUGAAAUAAAUACUGUCCCCGAAACA